AUGGCGGACGAUGACGAAAUUGACAUUUUAGGAGAUUUUUCAUUUAAUUCUUGUUUUGCUCAAAACAAUCAGGGCAUACCUUCGUGUUCCAGUCGUGAAGAUACUGUACACCCUCAGUGGCUACUCGAUUCAACUGAAACAAAUUGGUAUGACAAGAAGAGUAACAAACUAAAAGAAGGAUCCCCAAAAAAAUUAUAUGGCAAUAACUCAUUUGACAAAUGCCAGAAUGCGGUAUGUAGGUCACAAACGACAUGGACCCAAGCAGAAAGGGAGGUGCUUGUCAAAGAAAUGGCCAAGUAUGGCAGGAACAUAUGCAAAAUAUCACAAGCAUUGAAAACAAAGACUGAAGCAGACAUUCAAACUUUGAUUGAGGCCGAAUAUGGUGUGAACUUGGAUACACCAUCAUUUGGCCUGGACAAACCUGAGGACCAUGAUGAUGUGCCAGCAGUAGUGCAGGAAGAAAUAGUCACAGAUGAUGUCACUUCAAUGAGCACUGUCCUAAACUUGGUCGCUACAGGAGCACCUACUAUCAAACUGCCAAAGAAACCUUUCAGAAAGAAAAAUUCUAACUCAAGAAGUUUACUCAAGCCAAAUAUUUUGUUAGAAAAACAGUCCGAGCUAAUUGCUAUACAUCCAUCGGAAAUAAUGUAUCAAGAUGAUUUGGUAAUAGGCUCUACAGAAUCUGUUGGUUCUGAUUUAAAUUUAACUGAUAUUGUGUCUAAAAAUAUUAAGUACCAAGUGAAAGUUAAGGCUGAGAAGAAAAUUGGGAACCAUAGGAGAAAAGUAGCAAGGAAUUACGAUAAGAGUAGGGUAAGGAAUAGAAGUAAGGAAUUAUUAAAGUCACCUCCAGGGAGGCAUAGAAUAGACUCCAGUUUGUCAGACGAUAGCAUGAAGAGUCCCAAAAUGCAAAUAGUUUUAGGCUCUGGUCAAGCUUUACCACUGUCAGAAGGGGAACAAGUGAUUAAAAUUGAAAAGAAGAAGGACUCAGAUCCAGAGAGUGACAUUGAUGUGGAUGUAGACAGCGACACUGAAAAGACUUCAAACAAGAGCACACCACAGAAAGAUCUCAGUAGUCAAGCUGCCAGUGAGGAAGCACCAAUUGCUGUCCCACUCAGCAAAUUCGAACCUAUGCCUAAGCGGCAGAAGAAAAUCAACCUGGACGGUGGUGGCGGCUACACAAUAAUGCACACGGAGCAGGGCGACCUGUACGCGGUGGGCACUGAACCUCGCAGGGAGCGAGCGCCCAAGAAACAACACGUGCAGUUGUUACAUUGUAGGAUUUAUAACGCGGACAAGCCUGCCCCGUUCGAAGUCCGCGUACACGUGUCCACUCUGCUCCUGAUGGAUGCGCACGCGCACACGUCGCGCGCCGAGGUAAUGGGGCUGCUCGGCGGUGACGUCACCGAGCGUGUCAUUGGAGGUGGCAGCCGGGUUGUGGUCACGGUGACGGCGUACAGAACUGCUAAAGCAGCCGCUGGCAGCACUCAUUGUGACAUGGAUCCGGUGUCACAAUCACGAGCAGCGGAGUCACUCCGUCAGUCGCACGUGGUGUGUGGUUGGCACCACUCCCAUCCCCAGUUUCCCGCGUCACCGUCGGCUCAGGACUUGUUGUCGCAGCGCAGCUUGCAACAGGCGCUGGAGUGGAAGGUGCCAUUCCUGGGGUUCAUUACGUCACAACACUGGCCCACAGGCAGAACAGCGUCACAGUACCGAUGUAUACGUGUCGAAGAAGGUGAGAGUCCCGACGUCCCGGUCGGCUACCAGUUUAGCGUGAAACUUCUCCCGGACAUCACGUCCGAGUCUCUCCCGACGUUCCUGCGAGAGCUGCGCUCUAUCCUGGUGAGGGAGGCGGACGGAGACGAGUUCUCUGUAGACAUGCUAAACGAUAAGUGUCCACAGGCCGGAAUUACUUACUUGGAAAAGUACUUGUGCAGCGCGCGGCAGCACCUCCGCUCGGCGCAGUACGCGCCGCACGCGCCGCUCGCCCGGCGCCUGCUGCGCGCCAUCGCACACGUGUUCACAUAG